CAUGUACUAUCCCUACAGACGCCAUUACCGAACAAGCGCAGAUCUCGAAAUCCUUUGUCGAUUAACCCUUAAUUUCUCAUGGAAGAAGCUGAGAACCCUUCCGGAAGAUUCUUUGUCCCUUUUCACGCAGUGAUAUUAUUAUACUCCACUUCCUGUCUACCAAGAAGUAGCCACGACGCCGCAAAGUCAGAAAAUAUGAAGAUUACUGUUUGAAGCUUGAGCGCAGGUGAGGAUCGAAGGGAAGAGGGGGACGUGUGAUGCCAGUGCCACUCGGGAACAUUUUUACACUUUCACACUUUCAGAUGAGAAAAAGCAAUCAAGAUGGGGGAUGGAAUGCUAUCAUUGUACUGGAACAACCACAAGGCCACUUUUUGCCACAUUCUGGCAACUCUCAGGGAGAAGGAACGGUACACUGAUGCAACGCUAGCUUGUGAUGGAAAGUUUUACCCUGUACAUAAAUUGGUGCUAUCAACAUGUAGUGAAUAUUUUGAAAAUAUGUUUGAACACACACCAUGUAAACACCCAAUAAUAGUGUUGAAAGAUGUGAAGCCUGAUGAACUAGAGGCACUGCUUAGUUAUAUGUAUGCUGGUGUAGUUAGUGUUGCUCAGAAUGACCUUGCAAGACUUAUCAAGGCAGCUGAGAUGCUGCAGAUUAAAGGCUUAGCUGUACCUGAUGAACCCCCACCUAGUGAAGAGACUAGAAAACAAGUACCUGCAAGGAGUACUAGAGAAGAACGAGUAAGCCCGCAGCCAAAGAGACGAAGACGGGAGGAAAAUGGAACCCCAUCACAUGGCGGUUCACAACCUUCAAGUAGUCCACCUUCCUCACCUAGAGCCUCACCAUACCUGCCUGAGAGUGAACAGCCUCGGGCACGGUCCAGAACACACAGUGAUGGCCAUAGGUUAGAUCAGAGGACAGAGCAAAGUGAUCUCACCCCACAUGAGUCGCCUGCAUCUGAUGUCAAGCAAAUUAUGGUUGAUGAAUCCCUAGUCAAAGAAGAAAUGGUGGAAACACUAGACAGUAGUCAGUCUGAAGGAAUGGACACAGGAAUGCAAUAUGGUCAUGUAGGAAGUGAUACUGGAAUGGAUGGCAGCCAAGAUGAUCAUUCGAGCCACAUGAUAGCUAAUAAAUAUGACCAGCCAGUUCUCCCUGGACAGACACAACCUCUUGCUGAUGCAGUUGCAGAAGCACUUGCUGGUCCAUCAGGAAUGCAAGGG